AUGAAACAGUCGCCUGAUAUUGAGCAAGCCAAUCCAAACAGAAGAUUGUCUCACCGAAGCUCCCUUUUUACAGUAGCACACGAAGCGUUACCUCCUCCAGUUCACUUUGAAUCGCAUCGUAUCAGUGAUGAACAGCUCAAAAACUGUUCAAAUAAAAGAGUCCGAAAGUUCUACGAACAUCAAAAUUCAAUGAUUUCUCGCUUUGUGCAAGUGGAUCGAGUAGUCAAUUCUUUGCAAAAGGGGGAAUCUCCUUCAAACGACUACUACGGAAGCCUUGGAGGAGAUGAAGAAAGAGGUUUUCAGGAUGAGAAUGGUAACACAAUACCGCUUGAUGUUGGGGCAGGAGAACACCAGCCUCUAAUAUCGAGCAGAUCAAGCACGCCUGAUAUAGAAUCGACAAAGUCUCCCAUGUGGAUCAUCCAUCUAGCCAUCAACUUGUCAUUCUUUGCCAACAUUACAUUGUUUGUGACAAAGAUCAUCUUGGCCUGGUAUUCUGGAUCUAUGGCCCUGUUGGCCUCUGCAUUUGAGAGCUUUUUGGAUAUUGUCAGUAAUGCCAUCAUCUUUUUUACAGUGCGUAUCAUCCGCCAAAAGAACUAUUAUACCUAUCCCGUUGGUAAAUCUCGUAUGGAGCCACUGGGUAUCAUUGUAUUUGCUGUGGUCAUUACCACUUCAUUCUCUCAAGUGCUUAUCACUUCAAUUGAGAAGUUGACAACCGGAACUGCCCCUGAACAGAUUGAUCUGAGUAUGUCUGCUCUGAUCAUUCUGGGCGUCAAUGUGGUAGUAAAAGCAUUGCUGUGGUUCUGGUGCACUACCAUCAAGGGAAGCUCGAGUGUGGAGGCAUUAGCUUAUGAUCAUGAAAACGAUGUGGUAUUUACUAUAGCGAGUACUCUGUUUCCUCUGGUGGGCAACUAUAUGGGAUGGAACUGGCUUGAUCCUGUGGGUGCUAUUUUACUGUCUAUCUACAUCAUCUACGAGUGGAUGGCUGUGUUGAUCGAAAACAUCAGAAGAUUAACAGGCCAAGCAGCAAGUGCAGAUGAUAUCAAGCAAUUGACCUACAUGGCCUACAGAUUCUCAAAAAAAAUCACAGCUGUCGACACUGUUCGUGCUUAUACCAUGGGUGAACGUCUUUUGGUCGAAGUGGAUAUCAUCCUCCCACCUGACUGUCCCCUCAAGGAGGCUCAUGAUGUAGGAGAAGCCUUGCAAGACGCAUUAGAGUUAUUAGAAAAUGUAGAAAGAGCCUUUGUUCAUUUGGAUUAUAAUGCUGAACAUCCCAUUGAACACAGAAGAGUGGUGGAUGAUGUGGGAUUUAAUACAUAA